AUGUCAGAUGAUAAUAGUAAACAACAAUAUCAACAUGUAGCAAGUUUUGACGAACAUACUUGGCAACCACAAGCUACAUCAUCAUUUCAAAUGGAUCAUUCUGAUAUAUCGACACCAAUAGUAUGUGAAGAUUUAUCUUCUAUACUCUCAUCGGAUAUAUCAUUGCCAACAGUAUAUGUUACUGCUACAAAUACUCCUCAUCGUUCAAAAGAAGAAAUUCAAAACUAUUUACGUCAAAGUUUCGAAACAGUUAUUCAAGAUUUGUUUAACGAUGACAAACUAUGUUACUCAUAUUCUCGAAUUGUUGAAUGGAGUAUUGGUGACGAUCCCAAAUUGGAAUAUCAUCUUACUAUUGGUAUUCGUCAACCGACGAUUGUUAUAUCUAUUUAA